CAGGAAUGGGAGGUGCUGGGAAUCACGUAUCUAGUUGAAGUCACACUGUAGGCUACAGAAAUGUAAGAUUAAUGCUUUGAACAUUAACAUGGAGUACAAAGUGGAAAAGCUGUUCGCGAAUUUCAGGUCCAACGAAGUGCAACACUGAGAAAAAUGUAAUGAGCCUCCGAUGCUGACUCAGUGAGAACAAGGCAAGUUGGUGCUUCAGAAUGGACAAGGCCUGCCCUAGCCAGGACCAAGACUCAGAUAAUUUCCAACUUCAUGUGGACUUUUUCAGGAAGCUGGGUUACUCCGCCACUGAAGUGAGGUGUGCCAUACAGAAUCUGGGCCUAAACUUUGACACCAACGCAGUACUUGAGAAGUUAGUCCAGGCUAGGAAAGCGCCUGUGUCCAAUGCAGAGAUGAAAGAUAUGGCAGCAUUACACACAGCCCCCAUAGCUGGUCUAGAGAGCCCACAGAGAGCCCAAAGAGACACUCCACAAGUCUCACUGGAUGAUAGGAGGGAUGGAGAUGGAGAGCUAAAUCCUAUCGUCAUUGACGGCAGUAAUGUGGCCAUGAGUCAUGGAAACAAGGAGGUAUUUUCAUGCAGGGGCAUCGAGCUAGCAGUCAACUACUUCCUGGACAGAGGUCAUACGGCCAUCACUGUUUUUGUUCCUUCUUGGCGUAUGGAACAACCUAGACCAGAUGCUCCCAUCACAGACCAACACAUCCUGACGGAGCUGGAGAGAGAGAAGAUAGUGGUCUUCACCCCUUCGCGACGUGUCGGAGGCAAACGGGUGGUCUGCUACGAUGACCGCUUCAUCAUCAAGCUAGCCCACGAUACCGAUGGCGUAAUAGUGUCCAAUGACACGUACCGCGAUCUGCAGGGCGAGAGGCCGGAGUGGAAGAAAUGCAUAGAGGAGAGGCUCCUUAUGUACUCUUUUGUCAAUGACAAGUUCAUGCCUCCUGAUGAUCCUCUAGGCCGCCAUGGCCCCAGUCUGGAUAAUUUCCUUAGGAAGAACCCACUACCAUCAGAGCAGAAGAGACAGCUCUGUCCCUAUGAUAAAAAGUGCACUUAUGGGAUAAAGUGUAAGUUCUACCACCCUGAACGUACUCAACAGUCUUACCGCUCACUGGCUGACGAGCUGCGGGACAACGCCCGUCUCUCCACGGUGAAAGAGGACAGGAACACCAAAGUGUCGCAAAGGUGGCCUCAAACUGAUCUAGGAUCAUCUAGAAGCUCCUAUCGACACACAUUGGAGCAUGACCUGGAGCACAGGCUGGUUUUAGAUAGGCACAGCCCCCUCCAAAAGGGCCAUGUGAAUGAGAAUCAGCUUCUGUACUGGGAUAGGCCCUUAAAUAGUGGUCACCAGUUCACCAGAGAUUCAGGAGGCUUCUCUCAGCAUGACUGGCCUGCGAUGCCUCGUCCCCUCUACAACAGUGACCAGCCCUACGUCAGCAUUUCCCACAAGCACCUGGACUCUGGGCUGGGCUCAUAUGAGAGCCAGUAUUCCGAUGCCCCCCAUGUCCUCAGUAAGCCACUUAGGAGCAGGCCUCAGCAGGGUUUACCCCCAAGCCCGUGGCCGAGACUCCCUGCCAUGCAUCUAGAUAGGCAGGACAUCGAACAGCCUUGUCGGUGCUGCUCCCACAUAACAUCAUCCGCAGGCCCCCAGAAGCAUUGCAGUUACCCAAGCCUGGAGCCCCACUCCCAGCCUAGAUACAACACCUACCCAACCCCACAGUUCCCUCCUAGCAUCCACCACUACAGCCUGCCCAGCCACUUCCAGGACAGGGGUCCGCCACAGCAAAAGUACUGGUCUGACCCCUUCCAGGGGAUGCCCCAGACAAGGACAUCCUGCAGCCUCCCAAGCCCUCUGUCCUCUCCGGCCUGUCAUGGCCACUCAUGCCCCUACCAGGACCAGCCCUCAUGGGGUUGCCCCAUGCCCCAGCCUUCUGCUUUUGACCCAGACAGGGAGGAGCUCCGCAAGAAACUGCAGGCCAUCUUCAACCCCCAUCAUGUGGAUAUGGUUAUGGGGAUGUUUCCUCACCUGAGGGACUCCCAGAAGCUGGCGGCAGAGAUCCUCACCCUCAGGUAUCAGGGAGGAGCCUUCUGAUGUCAAGUGUCAGGUGGCUGAGCGGUGAGGGAAUUGGGCUAGUAAUCCAAAGGUUGCUGGUUCGAUUCCCGGCAGUAUAGAAUGAUGUUGUGUCCUUGGGCAAGGAACUUCACCCUACUUGCCUCGGGGAGAAUGUCCCUGUACUUACUGGAAGUCGCUCUGGAUAAGAGCGUCUGCUAAAUGAAAUGAAAUGAUGUUCACAUGACUUUCCUGGAUGUACUUUGGGUAUUUUAAUUGGUUAACCCAAACCCUAACCCAUUGCUGCAUAGUUUAGCAAUCUUUCACUGGGAACCGCACAGCAUACUUUUUUCUGGAGUGAAGGGAAACAAAUGUUGGUUAUUAAGUGCCUUCUCUAGAAAUUAGUGGGUUGAAUGAUUUUUUUGUACCUUUAUGUAUUGUUUUUUGGUUUCAUGUUUUGUGAAAAUGAGAUUUUGACUUGUUCUAAGUUAAAAACAAUUGUAUGGCAUUUGAGUCAAAAGUGAUCUUUACAACCACAUCUACUUUAGACCUAGAAACUGUCAAUGUAGACUGUUGAUACAUAUUGUAUCUCUUGGGAAUUAUUGCACAUUGAUGUUCAUGUGUCCACGCUUCAGUUCUCAUGCAAUAAGGAUUUUCCUAUGAGUUUUGUUACAUUGUGGAUGUGUUAAUGACAGGGGUAUAUAGACAGUGUUUCAUACAGUAGGCACAUCAGUAUGUUUUGUAAAAAAUCUGAACUGUCAGUAAUCUGUAUGCCUCCAGCCAAGUUAAUUAACAGCAACCACUAGACAGUAUCAGUCUAGCCUUGCUAGCCAGAACCCAUCCAAAGGAGCUUUUCUUUGUCAAAUUAGUAGACACACUACUCUUGUUUUAAUUGAGUGCGGUCUGUGCAAAUGAUCCUUCUUCUGGUUAAAGUUAGAUGUACCGGUAUUUCACUGUUUGGUAGUAGAAAGAACUGUAGUCCCAUGUACUGUAAAAUGCACAGGUGUAACACUGUGUGUACUUUGUUAUUACGGGCAUAGCAUUUUAUUUAUCCAAAUAUGCAUAAACUAUACUUGGAGAGCCAGAGGGAGAAGAGUCUCUGCCAUAGCAACAACAAAUGACGUUGGAUGUUGUCAGGUGUGAGUGCAGGAGGAGGACCCAAACGGACCUCAAGGACACCCAAAAAAAUAUAUAUAUUUGAUGACCACAUAAUGGACCAAACAGGUGUGUGAUUGGAACGAGAGACAGGUGUGUAGGGAGCCAGGAGAGAGAGAGAGACAAACCAGGACUGGAACACACACCCAGGGAGACAGACAGAAAACACAAGGGACAGGGAACUCCAGGAACUCAAGCUAAACAGGGGCACAAUGUCAUUGUCGUGACAUUGAGUUCAGAUAGAGUUGAAUUCCAGUCUGUUUCAGGUGUUCUAGAUAAAGGGUGAUUGUAGGUAUCACCUCUAGAUCUCAUGGGAAUCCUGAUGACCCUAUACUUUAGAAAUACAAUAAGACUACUCUACCUCCAACACCAUGUUUCCCCCUCCAGCAACGCGAAACAGAACGGUCUGUUCCUUUGUGUACAUGUUCAAAACAUUCUCAGAAGACACUAAUGAGUGUCAUCUGUCUGAAACGACAGGAUCAGCAUUGAAAGAGUUAGAGGAUACCAGACUGAAUAAGAUACACAUAAGGCCAUGAGAAAACUAUGUAGAUAGUCUUCUCAUUGCCUGGCAUUCACAGACAAACAAACAGAGCUGGGACAGACAUGAAAUUCCAAGGUUUCCGGUUAACCAAUCAUGUCUGGAGGAGGGGAUCCCUUAAUGAAUUGCUCCUUCUGAUUUUUUUUCUUGUCUUCUUUGCGGGGUUUAGGUGAUGUUCCAUGGACAUAUGUGAAGUCGUAUGUGAACACUGCUUG